UCCUCUCUUUCUCCCCCCCCCCCCCCCCUCUCUCUCUCUCUCUCUCUCUCUCUCUCUAUUGUUGAUGAUUCGUGAUCCAAUCGCAGGUCCCAAUACUUCGGACGCCGAUCCGUCCAACAAUUUAGUGGGAGGGAAAAUUAGGGCAGAUGGGGGCCAGAGAAGAAACAGUUCAUGAACUCGAUGGUGAGACAAUUGCUGGUUCACCUCUAUCCGUGAGGAAGAUGCAAACGUUCGAGCAUGUUGGGUCACUUGCGGCCGUUGCACAAACAUUUGCCCCUAGGAGGACAAGGAGUAGACUUUUUAUGAGCAUUUACAUUGUUAUAAUUCAAGCCAAAAUUAAUGUUCUCUUGCCUUUCGGACCGUUGGCGGUCAUGCUUCGCUAUCUCACUGGAAAGCAUGGAUGGGUUUUCCUUUUCAGCUUGAUUGGUAUAACACCUUUAGCUGAGCGGUUGGGAUAUGCAACAGAACAACUCGCUUGUUAUACUGGCCCAACAGUGGGGGGCCUUUUGAAUGCUACAUUUGGAAAUGCAACAGAGAUGAUUAUAUCAAUAUAUGCACUGAAAAAUGGAAUGAUCCGUGUCGUCCAGCAGUCUUUACUGGGUUCUAUUUUAUCGAAUAUGCUCUUAGUUCUUGGAUGUGCUUUCUUUGCUGGUGGUAUGGUUCAUUGCGACAAAGAUCAGGUCUUCAACAAGGCAUCAGCUGUGGUGAACUCUGGAUUAUUGUUAAUGGCUGUCAUGGGGUUGAUGUUUCCUGCCGUGCUUCACUUUACACACUCGGAGGUGCAAUAUGGAAAAUCAGAAGUUGCUCUGUCAAGAUUCAGCAGUUGCAUCAUGCUUGUCGCUUAUGCUAGCUACCUCUAUUUCCAGCUUAAAAGUCACCGCAGUUCAUACAAUCCUAUUGUUGAAGAAGAGGGAUCUAAUGAGGGUGAUAGUGAUGAGGAGGAGGUUCCUGAAAUAACACAAUUGGAAGCAAUCUGUUGGCUUGCUGUAUUGACCAUUUGGAUUUCCGUUCUCUCCGGUUACCUAGUUGAUGCAAUACAGGGAGCAUCUGAAUCUUUGAACUUGCCGGUUGCUUUUAUUAGCGUUAUUUUACUUCCUAUUGUUGGCAAUGCUGCUGAGCAUGCUAGUGCUAUUAUGUUUGCCAUGAAAGAUAAGCUUGACAUAACAUUGGGGGUUGCAAUUGGAUCCUCUACACAAAUAUCAAUGUUUGUGAUUCCAUUCUGUGUGGUCAUCGGUUGGAUGAUGGGGAAGCGAAUGGACUUAAAUUUUCAAUUAUUUGAGACUGCAACCCUCUUUAUAACAGUACUGGUCGUGGCAUUUAUGCUUCAGGAAGGUACUGCAAACUAUUUUAAGGGGCUAAUGCUUAUCCUAUGCUAUCUUAUAGUUGCUGCCAGUUUCUUUGUGCACAUUGACCCUGCUGCCAGUGAUGAUUAAUAAGUUCGUAUUCAUCGCCAAAUUGUCUUAUUCUGACAAUCAGCCAACCUGCUGGACUAGACAUAUUAACCAAGUCAGAUUAGAGCACUAAGACAGGUUCGACGUAUGGCAAUUCUCAACCCUCAAAGUUUGAGUAGUCUCUUUUGGAUCUAGUUAAGUGCUCCAUUGCCCAAGAAGCCUAUGAAAGUUUGCAGGUUAAGCACAGAUUCAAUCGGAUUCACUUGCUUGCGGGGUGUAUAGGCCAUUUUUGUCACAUUCUCAGCUUUAUCCUUCAGUAAAUGAUUUUUUUCUAGGACAGAGUUGUUGUAUCAUCAAUUGUGAAAUAAUCUAUGCUGCAAUAUUCUGUCAUAUGCUCAGGUUAUUGAGAUGUUAGUUUUCCAAUUGCACAUGGAAUACCACAAAUGAUAAUCAAUGAAAAAUAGAAAGAAGAUGAUUCUCUCAUGCAUUGCAAAAACAAAAGUGAGCGUCCAGGUCAUAUUAUAUUAUUCAGGCCAGAGUUGUGUAUUAAAA